AUGGGACCCCGAACAAAAAAAAAAGAUUUAAAUUUGUUUAUAUUUUUAUACAAGCAUAAUUUUAAUUUUAAAAUUUUAAAUAGUUCUCCCUCGAAAAAAAAAGAAUCGUGUGAAGAUUAUAAUGAUAUAAAAAAAGAGUGGGAUCAUUAUGAAAAAAAUAAAAAAAAAAAUGAAAUAUCAUAUGGAAAAGAUCAAAUAAAUAUUGUUAAUAAUAAUAUUAAUAAGAAUAAAAUGAACUAUACACAUAUAUUGAAUAAUACAAAUAAUUUAAAUGUUUUAAAUGAUUCUAUAUGUUAUGAAGAAAAAAAUGGAAAAGAUGUUAAGAGUAAUAUUUUUUUCCAUAAUGAUUUUUUAAUAUAUAAAAAUAUUAAAACAAAAGUGUGUCAUAAUAAAAAAAAUGAAAUUAAAUAUAUAUCGAAACAUUUUUUUUAUCAUUUAAAUAAGUAUCAUAAAAAUAUUGUAAAUUCUUAUUUUAAAGAAUGUUUUUAUAAAUAUACAAAAACAUCUAAAAUAUUUUUUGGAGUCUUAUUAAGUUUUUCUAUAUUAUUAAGUUUAUUUUUAGUUACAUCGUCAAAUUUUUUAGAAUAUAAUAUAAUUUUAAAAUAUCAUAUAAAAUUUCAUUCUUUACUUUUUGCAUUUUUCUCAUCAUAUUAUUUGGGAUUGCAAAUAGCUAAUUAUUAUUUUAUAAAUAAUAUUCAUAACUUUUUUAGUAGCUUUUUUUUUCUAAAUUCUAUUAGCUCUAUAUAUUUAGCUGAUUAUUACAUAUGGGCAUCUUAUUAUUUCUUAAGUUUCAAUUAUCUCAUUUUUUUAUUAUUUAAUUAUUAUAAUAUGUAUUAUCGAAAUGUUAUACCAAAAUUUAUAUUUAAAAAUGUAAACAAAAUUUUUUUGUUUUCUCUUUUUUCGAAUUAUCUAGCAAUAAAUAAAGGAAAGUUUAUAGAAAAAAAUAUAGAUUUAUUGAAAAAUGAAGACACAAAUACAUCUUUUUGGGGACUCUUGAAAAUUUUACCAUAUUUUUUAUAA